AGGAGGGUGAGUAGUGGUGGGGAGGGUAGUCGAUGCAGCAGGCACGGAGACGAGAGACACUUCCACAGAAGACAGAAGGAUUAUAAUCAUGCCAUUCUCCUGGAAGCACCAGUUUUUUCACAUCUUUCUGCUUCUUGUCUCCUGCAGACACAUCAAAACAAAGACCCCUGGUCCGACCCCUCCACCCCUGGCUCCUAUUAGCCCCCUGCCGACAGCAGAUAGGAGUGUUGUUUUCAAAGGUGAAAGUCACACUGAGAAACUUGAAGUGUUGAAUCCUGUCAGUCUGACACUUGAAUGUGUCUGGGCGGGAAAUCACCCCAAACUGCCAAAUAUAACUGGAUUCUGGAAAAAAGAUGGGGAGGCAAUUGAAAACAGCCAUCUGACAGUGCAGCUGGAAAAUGACCAGUAUCUUAUAAAAAGAGUGUUCAAUAUUGUUAAUGAAGAAAGCCUUGGAAGUUACUCAUGCAUCUUUGGAAAUGAAGCAAAAGUUGACUUCCUUUUGGCAGCUCCACAUAUCGCUGAGGUGCGAGACAAACCCAUAGUCAGCUAUGUAGGGGAUUCUGUGGUGAUUCCUUGUAAAAUGGAGGAGCCAAAACCAAAGCCCAACACCUGGAAAUGGUAUAAGGACAAUGGGACUGCAAAGGAGCAGAUUUUUGCUGCUGGAAAGUUAGAUCGCUUUGAAAUCAAAAAUGAGAAUGGGUACACCAAGCUGACAGUGCACAACCUGACGGAGGCUGACUCCGGCUUGUAUUACUGCGGUGCAGUGUACGCCAUCGCCACCACCAUGAGCCACGUCAAACUGAAGGUCAUCAGCAUCCAGGAGCCCCUCAAACCCUUCAUAGCCAUCAUGGUCGAGGUGAUCAUCCUAGUCACCGCCAUCCUGCUGUACGAAAGGAGUCAGUCCAAGAAGAACAGCACAGCAGGAAAUGAUGUGAACACAGACCAAAGCCACAUUCAGGUGCAAGAAGAAAACAGCCUGGAAGAAAAUUCUUCGAUGAGACAGCGAAAGAUUUAAAGACUAUAAAGCUUGAGUCAUUAACACCAAAAAAAAAACCCCAUUAUCAUAUUUUGUCUUUUUCCAAAUGUCAAUAGAGCAAUAUCCUUUCAGUCCCUUUGCAAUGAUACUGUAUUGUUGAAUACUUUCAAAAUGUUUUCACAUCAGUUCAGAAAACACACUUGAAUCUUUGACUCAGCCUACUUCCUGUGGAAAACUUCAGGUGGUUUUUGUGGAUGGCCUCACUUCAUCAGAAAAGCAGCCUUCACUAUGACAACUAACACCACAGCUCCUCUUUACUGCCGUUUUAUUUGCACUACAGUUUGUGAGCAGUGCCUUAUACUCAAAAUGCAAAUAACUAACUGUACAUUCUCUGUAGUGAGUUGUCCUUAAAGUUCUGUGCCUAUUUGUGGUUACACCUUAUGUACUUCCUCAAUAGCAUGUUUCACUGCAAAUCUAUGUAUUCAGGUAUUUUAUUUAUUUUAUUUUAUGCACUUCAAGGUAGCCAGAAAGGUUGAACUUUGCUCAAAUCUUGGUAUGUUUAAGUUGGUUACCACUGUACAUGUAAUCAAGCAGAUUAAAAUGACAUAGAUCACUGUUA